CCCUCAAUCCCCGGAUAAAACGAUCCCUACUUGCUUAUACUACUAUGAUAUUUUUAGGGUUAAAUUAUGCGCUCGCUUUGAGCGCGUCAUAAGCCUCUACUAUACGUUUUACUUUAAUUAAUUAGAUUAUACAUUCUGUGAACUCUGACGUCUUCGAUCAGCUUUGGAAUACUCUUGCUAGAGUUUCUAACAAGAAGAAAUAACUUUCUAGUAUUUCAUUAUACAAAUUGUCCACCGACGCUCCUCAAUUAUGCAAGCAUCUACUAUACGUUAUACUUUAAUUAAUUAUAUAAUACAAUAAUUGCUACAUUGCUCAGAUUAAGAUUUGAUGGAUGCAUGCAGGCUUGGCAAUUAUAGAAUGAAUGUAAAGUGUUAGAAUUGAUGGCGAUUUUCACUUCCUUCGCCUCAAUCUCCAUGUCUUCUUCUUCUUUCUUCAGUUACAUAUAUAUAUUUUAAGCCUUUAUUGAUUGUUGUUUUUCUCUUACAACAUUCAUAUCUGGAUAAAGAAAUAGAUUAGCGUAUGACAUUUAAGUAUGAAAGACCAGUAAAAUUCAUAAUUUUAGGAUAUGAAUUGUCUGUAUCAUAGAGCCAAACAUGAUUUUGAUCAUUGAAUCACAUUUUAUUGAAUUUCUUGUGCUUUUGACUUCAUAUGCAUUAAUUUGAAAAAUUACGACCGAUGGUUUUGAGUAUUUUCUCUUGGAGAAUUCUUGAGUACCUUGGUGUUUGUCAUACCCUCAUUUUGUUAAAUAUUUUGGACCAUUGAAUUAGUAAUAUAUGCAAUGAUUCAAAAUAUUUAACAAAUUGAUAACUUGUUUAGCCCUUAGCCUUUCUAAUUUUGUUUUUGUUUUUCCCUUUAGGGUUAAGUUGGAACAAGAAGAAGCAAAUUUUUUACACCAGGCAAUAAUUAUGCUACUCAUUCCAAUAAGCAAAAAUGUUAACACAAACUAGUAAUUGAAUUGAAAAUAAUAAUAAAAACCUGAUAAGAAGCUAGCUUUCCACACAUUUCGAUUGGACUUACAACUCCAGACACUGUGCACCGUGCCUUCUUUCUCAAUCCCGCAGCGAAAGCAUAUAUCAUCAAUACGUCUCCGUUUUAGGUUUGCACAGCUCCUUCCUUCCAUUGAAGGCCACCGUCAUCCCAUUUGUAUGUCGCCGGAGAAGAAGCCACACUGCACGGUUGCCGCUGACAGUUGUCUUUAACUCCAGUCAUGAGAGCUGAUAUGUAAAUUUUCUUUCCUUUAUUUUGUUUUACUUUUUGUCAACUAUUCUGCUACAACCCAGGUGUAACCCAGUUCUGGUAGAGCAAGUGUGAGUGUUGCUGGAGAGUAGCUUCUGCUGGUUUUCCGGCAACGGUGGCUGUCUUCCACGGGAUCUUUUGUGCUCAUUAUACAUUAAGUAAUAUUCUAUGGGGUUCCCCAGAGCACGCCUCGUCAGAGUUCAAAGUUUGAUGCUACUGCCACUUGGUUUUGUCUAGGCACGCCUCUAGUGGGUUUCACCGUUUCUGUCCUUUUUUAUUUAUUUUUGGUGGCUCUCCAUGACGGUCUGCCCUUGGAGCUUCCUUGGUCCCCUUUCAGAUGCACGGCCCCCAACCUCACCUUCUGUUCAGAAGAUCCAAAAGCCAAAAACAUUUGCUUCUGUUCUUGCGGGCGCCGACGAGAAUAAUUUUACCAUAAGUCAGCUUCCAUCUCCUAUGAUUCGAGGUGACACUGUGUUUGUCAAGAUUAACGAGACGAUCUACCAGGAGCAACUCAAGGCUUGUCGCACCAAUCUUAUUGGGCGUCUUCUUCUUCGGAAGGGUACCAUUCCCCUGAAAACCGAAUUGCUAAAAGCUUCUCUGGAUUCCUUAUGGCAGCCAUUGGGUCCAUGGAGACUAGUUCCCAUUGGCAAAGGAUACUAUGACCUCCAUUUUAAUUCUGAAGAGGACCUACGCAAGGCUUGGGGUGGUGGCACCUGCACUCUAGACUCUGGAAUCUUUAGGUUGUCGCAAUGGCAGCCGGACUUUAAGCCUGGGGAUGUUUUUCCUCAAACCCAUGCUCAUAUAUGGAUAAGAAUAUCUGGUCUUAGUCAAGAGUACUGGCAUCAGCAACACAUCAUGGAAAUUGCACGGGGUAUUGGCAUUCCAUUACAGAUUGAUGCGGCAACAAAGGAGCAACGUUUUGGGUACAUUGGAGUAGAUGAAGAAGAAAUGAGUGUUACGUCCUUAAUUACCUAGAAAUGAUGGAGA